GUUUUGAGAGAGAAAUUUGGAAUCAAAGAGUUCAGGUCUCUGAGACAAGGAGGAACUCAAGAAUGACUCUCCCAAUCUGGAAAUUUUCAAUUAUUACUUUCGAAGAGUUCAUUUCAAUUGCGCUGGAUGCUCCCAGAGUUGUUGGAAUCUAUCCCGAGAUUAAAGAUCCAGUUUUCAUCAACAAGCAUGUUAAAUGGGCAGACGGCAAAAAGUUUGAGGACAAGUUUCUGAACACGCUUAAGAAGUACGGGUACUCAGGCUCGUAUUUGUCAAAAGAGUGGAUGAAGCAGCCUGCUUUUAUCCAGUCAUUUGCUCCAACUUCUCUCACAUACAUUACGAACAUGACGGAUUUGCCGAAAAUCUUCUUAAUUGAUGAUGUGACUAUCCGUACCCAGGAUACAAACCAGUCUUAUGAGGAGAUUACUUCGGAUAGUUACUUGGAUUUCAUAAAAAAGUAUGUGGUAGGGAUUGGACCCUGGAAAGAUACAAUUGUACCAGUUGACCACAAUUAUCUACUAACACCAACAGAUCUUGUCGCCAAAGCACAUUCCCAUGACCUGCAGGUUUGUAAACCUUCUGCGUCACUAUUUGUUUUUGCAGCAUCCAUAUCAGUUAUAACGCUCCUAGCGUCUCACUGAUGUGACCGUUAUUUAUUCUCAUGUUGAGCGACCACCGCUACAUGUUCUCAGGGUUAAUUUCUCUUAGUUUUGGUAUAUACGAAUAUAAAUAUAGAGGUUGAAUCAGUAACGAAAGAAUUGUAAAGGAUUGAUAUCUUAAAAAGUAGAUGAAAUCCCUUAAAAUUUCUCUUUCCAGGAUUAGUUACACAUCUGUUGCUCAAAUUUUGUCUGAC